AUGUCCCAGCAACACACACUGCCAGUGACUGUCCCCAAGACUGUCAUUCAGGAACUCAAGACGGUGUCUCCUCCAGCCCAUACCCAGCCGGAACAAACAAAGCAGCCCACUCUGCCACCUGCCUUGUGCCACCAGGGGUCCUCUGAGCUCCUGGAGAAGGGCCCCUCAGAACGCAAGGAGAAACACCCAAGCCCUCAGCACCAGUGCGAGCAGCUCCAGCAGCAGCAGGGGGAGCAGCAGGAAGAGGAGCUGUGCACAAAGCUGCCACAGGAGAAGGGGCUGCACGUGGGACAGUGCCAGGAGCCACAGGAGAAGGGGCUGCACCUGGGGCAGAGUCAGGAGCCACAGGAGAAGGGGCUGCACGUGGGGCAGAGUCAGGAGCCACAGGAGAAGGGGCUGCACGUGGGGCAGAGUCAGGAGCCACAGGAGAAGGGGCUGCACGUGGGACAGAGUCAGGAGCCACAGGAGAAGGGGCUGCACGUGGGACAGAGUCAGGAGCCACAGGAGAAGGGGCUGCACGUGGGACAGAGUCAGGAGCCACAGGAGAAGGGGCUGCACCUGGGACAGAGUCAGGAGCCACAGGAGAAGGGGCUGCACGUGGGACAGAGUCAGGAGCCACAGGAGAAGGGGCUGCACGUGGGACAGAGUCAGGAGCCACAGGAGAAGGGGCUGCACGUGGGACAGAGUCAGGAGCCACAGGAGAAGGGGCUGCACCUGGGACAGAGUCAGGAGCCACAGGAGAAGGGGCUGCACGUGGGGCAGUGCCAGGAGCCACAGGAACUCCAUGUGAGACAACACCAGAAGCAGAAGCUUCAGGAACCAGAACUGCACCUGGGUCACCAGCGACAAGAGCCUCAGGAGCAGGAAGCAGUUCUGGGAGAGGAACAGCAGAAACCGGGGCAAGACCAAGAGCUAUGCGUGGGACGGCAGGCCCAGAAGCCACAAGAGCAGGAGUGGAGACAGCAGCCACAGCGUGGGGAGUCGCAGGACCCUGAGCUGCAGCUGGGGCCAUGGCAAGAGCACCGGGAGCCCCGAGAUCAGGAGCUGCACGUCGGACAGCAGCAGAAGCAGAAGCAGAAACAGAAGCCACAGGAGCCCGAGCUGGACCUGGGUCGUAAGCACCGUCCGAAGCCGCAGGAGCCGAAGCUGGACCUGGGGCAGGACCAGAAGCCCCAGGAGGAGCCGGAACUGAACCUGGGACAGAAGCAAAAGCAACAGGCAGAGCGCGAGGAGCAUCAGGACCCGGGACACUUGGAUGAGCCGCUUACGCAAGGGCAGGAGUCCAGGGAGCAGCCGUUGCAGGGCGACUCGGAAGCAGAGGAGAGACCCUCGGAGGAGCAGCGUGGUCAAGAGCAGGCCGAGGGGGCCGAGCUGCCGGAGGGGAAGAGAGGGCGGCUGCCGGAGCCCCUGGAGCAACAGGAGAAGCGGCCGGAGCACGCUGCUUCCCCAGCCCCGGGGCAGGUCCAGGAAGCCCAGCCCGCCCAAGCACGAACAGAGGACUUCCUCUGUGCAGACAAGCAGCAUCCUGAAGGGCAGUGA